AAAUAAAAUGCCAUUAUAAUGUGCUCCAAACCGGGCUAAAACAUGAACUGCUCCUUUUCCCUCAUCAUUUUCAUAACCAUGGCUUUUUGCAACUUCUGGAGUAGUGUCUCUGUUUUUUUAUAUCUUACAAUCCCACUCGCAGCUCCAUUGUCCUUUAACUUCCCUACCAUCAAACCUCCUGACACGAACAUAAAUGUCACAGGUGAUGCGUAUAUCUCUCCACAAGGCCUUCAGCUCACGUCGAAUAAGAACAAUACGGCAGCAGCAAGGGCAGCAGGCCGUGCCACUUAUAUAAAACCCUUGCACCUCUGGGACAAAUCUUCAGGUAACCUGACAGAUUUCUAUACUCAUUUCUCUUUUGUUAUUGAUGCCAGUGCCAGUGCCAGUGACAGUGACGGUGCUUGCUCUGGGGCAGACGGACUCGCCUUUUUCUUGGCUCCUUUCGGUUCAAGCAUACGUGGCGAUUUGUCCGGUAGUGGGCUUGGCCUUGUUCAACGUGAUAACCCAGAAAAAAAAUCUGGUGAUCCUUUUGUGGCAGUGGAGUUUGAUACUUUUGGAAAUGGAUGGGAUCCAGAGGGUUUACAUGUAGGUAUUGAUAUCAAUUCACUGAUUUCGGCAACCAAUGUCACAUGGUCGAACAACAUCACUGAGGGGAAGGAAAACGAGGCUUGGAUUAGUUAUAAUUCCACUUCGCAAUAUCUUAGUGUAAACUUCACAGGUCACAGGAGUAAUCUGACCCAAAAUGGUCGCCUUGGCUAUACGGUAGAUUUGACAAAAUACUUACCUGAGCGGGUGAGUGUUGGCUUCUCAGCAGCUACAGGGCUUUGCUGGGAGAAGCAUAACGUUAAGUCUUGGGACUUCAAUUCAAUGGUAACCAAUAAUCAAGGUCAUACUUAUACCGACAGUUAUCAAGUGAACCCUGGGGAAAAGAAAACGAAGGGAGGAUUAGUAAUUGGUUUGACUGUUAGUCUGUCUGUUUUGGUCCCCAUUUUGGUCUUGAUUGGUUACAGUUUAUGGAGGAACAAAAAUAGGAAGGGAAAAAUUGAUGAACCUUCCUUAGAUAUAACAAUGGACACGGAAUUUGAAAGGGAAUGUGGACCUAAGAAGUUUUCAUAUGGAGAAUUGGUAUGUGCAACGGACAAUUUUGCUGACGAAAAAAUGCUUGGAGAAGGAGGAUUUGGUGGGGUUUAUCUUGGGUAUUUGAGAGAUUCAAAUUCAUACGUUGCUGUGAAGAGAGUGUCAAAGGAUUCAAAACAAGGGACGAGGGAGUACGCGUCAGAAGUGAAGAUUAUCAGCCGAUUGAGGCACAGGAAUCUUGUACAACUUCUUGGUUGGUGCCAUGAGCAAAGAGAGCUACUACUUGUUUACGAAUUCUUGCCAAAUGGUAGCUUAGAUUUACAUCUGUUCAAGGGAAAAUCUUUGUUGACCUGGGAAACAAGGUACAAAAUUGCCAGAGGCCUGGCUUCAGCUUUGCUGUAUCUACACGAAGAGUGGGAACAAUGUGUGGUGCACAGGGACAUAAAAUCGAGUAAUAUUAUGCUGGAUUCGAGCUUCAAUGCAAAACUUGGGGAUUUUGGUUUGGCUAGACUUGUUGAUCAUGAAAAGGCAUCACAAACAACUGUCUUAGCAGGCACUAUGGGAUAUAUGGCCCCUGAAUAUUUAAUCUCUGGCAAGGCGAGCAAAGAAUCAGAUGUCUACAGCUUUGGAGUUGUUGCAUUGGAAAUCGCAUGUGGAAGAAAACCCAUUGAUGUCAAGGCGCAGGAGAAUCAAGUAAACAUGGUGGAGUGGGUUUGGGACCUCUACGGAACCGGAGACCUACUUAAAGCAGCUGAUCCAAAACUAUGUGCAGAUUAUAACGAGCAGGAAAUAGAAUGCUUGAUGAUUGUCGGGCUUUGGUGUGCUCACCCUGAUAACAGUCAGCGGCCAUCAAUAAAGGAAGCUAUUCAUGUCCUUAACUUUGAAGCUCAGUUGCCCCUUCUCCCAUCAAAGUUGCCAGUGUUGACAUAUUUUGCUCCGCCACAUGUGGUUACAUCUUCGGUUUCACAAUCCAGCAAUGUCAUUUCACUCCAGCCUUCAAGCUAUGGUUACCAUUCUAAUGACUCAAAUUUCACAUCCUCUUCUGCUGCUUCUGCAUCUGCAUCCGCAUCUGCAUCUCUUCUGUAAUCUGUAGACCAGAUAAGAGUCUUUUAUUGUGAAUAUGUUUUCAAAGUCUUCAUAAUUCAACUUCUUUGGUUUGUGAAUGAAGGUGAUAUCGCGCUGAAAGACUCAAUUUUUUUA